AUGGGUGACGGACAAAGUGAAAAUCAACCAUUGUUGAGGGAUGAGGAUGAAAAUGUGAGUACUAUUUCGCCGAUCGGUCCUGAUGAACUGCCUCCGCCUUACCAGCAGGCGGGGAUGCCUAUGGUUACAUGUCGCGUGUGUCAGGCUAUGAUUGAUAUAUCUGGCAAGAGAGAACAACACGUCGUCAAAUGCUCUGAGUGUAAUGAAGCUACGCCAAUCAGAAACGCUCCGCCGGGCAAGAAGUACGUCCGUUGUCCGUGCAACUGUCUUCUGAUAUGCAAGUCCUCGUCUCAAAGGAUCGCGUGCCCCCGGGCUGACUGCAAGCGCAUCAUCAACCUAGCGCCUUCACCGGUGACGCCGCCCGUGCCCACUCUGCCCGGCAUGUGCAGGGUCAUGUGCGCACAUUGCCAGGACACAUUCUUGUACCAGAUGUUAAAGAACGCGCCGGUCCGCUGUCCUCAUUGUCGCAAGGUAUCCUCAGUGGGACCUCGUAUGGCGCGUGUUCGCGGCACCAUAUUCGCGUUGCUCGCUUUGCUAUUCUUCGCGAUUGCUCUUGGAGUGACCCUAGGGACCCUAUCCGCUGCUAAAACCCACGGCGGUGGGGUCUACGUAGCCUAUGUAGGCGCUUUCCUAGUAGCCUUUCUACUGGCGAGUCGCGCCGUCUACUACUUCGCCAUGAAGCACAGCACCAUCGAGGGUCCCAUGUAA